AUUUUCUUGCCUUGACGUUUCACAAUGUGACGUGUAUCCUCGAAAAACUCAAAACCACCAUCUCUUCCCCGUUAUCGUUUACGGGGACUUCCAAGGGUCCACUUAUUCGGGGUGGGGGGGCUGAAGCUAUCACAUAACCGAAAACAACCCCUUCCUUUCAGGUAGAAAGAGUUGAAUUCGAACAAGACAACUUCCAUUGUGUUCCCCUCGGGUGUUUUGGGAGAGCCGUCCCGGUCCGUCGUCCCUUUGCAAAGCAGCUUAUGGAUGCACGGCUUUCCGAGUUGUUUGGCUCAGAAAAUGGACACGACUGCGGCGGCUCUCGGACCGAAGUGAACCCGGCGUAUGGUUGCGGACGUGCUCCCGCCACCAAGCGGGCUUCUGCCAAGAAGAAGAGAGCGAAUGCGCGACACUUUCACAGCUUCAAACCGAGCAACAACGCCCCUUAUUUACCCCCAGAGGUGGAAGAAGGGAAUAUAGAGUACAAGCUGAAACUCGUGGACCCUACGCAAAGCCGAUUUGAGCACCUGGUGACGCAAAUGAAAUGGAGGCUCCAGGAGGGUCGCGGAGAAGCUGUCUAUCAGAUCGGGGUGGAGGAUAACGGCAUGUUGGUGGGUCUGUCGGAGGACGACAUGAGGGCGUCCCUGACCACCCUCCAUAGGAUGGCUGAGAAAGUUGGGGCUGACAUCACCAUCCUUCGACAUGCAGAGGUGGACUACGACACUGAUAAACCCCUCACCAUCGCCGAAGUCCUAAUUCGUAAGGUGCCGGAUGACCAGCAGUUCCUGGACCUGCGAGUGGCCGUAAUUGGUAAUGUGGACUCGGGUAAAUCGACCCUGCUGGGUGUUUUGACGCAAGGCGAGCUCGAUAAUGGGCGGGGAAGAGCGAGACUCAACCUCUUCAGGCACCUCCAUGAAAUCCAGACUGGGCGGACAUCUAGCAUCAGCUUUGAGAUCCUGGGUUUCAAUAGUAAAGGAGAGGUUGUGAACUACAGCGAGUCUCGAACGGCAGAGGAAAUUUGCGAGAGCGCCUCUAAAAUGAUCACGUUCAUCGAUCUGGCGGGUCACCAUAAAUACUUGAAGACCACCAUCUUUGGCCUCACCAGCUACUGCCCUGAUUUCGCCAUGCUUGUUGUCAGCGCAAAUACCGGCAUUGCUGGCACGACACGGGAGCACCUUGGCCUGGCCCUGGCCCUGAAGGUUCCCAUCUUCAUCGUGAUCAGCAAAGUGGACCUGUGCACGCGGGCCACCGUGGAGCGAACGGUGCGGCAGCUGGAGCGAGUCCUCAAGCAGCCGGGCUGCAACAAGGUGCCCAUGGUCGUGGCUAACAAGGACGAUGCCGUUGCCGCCGCGCAGCAGUUUGCCCAGUCGCCCAACAUUACACCUGUUUUCACUGUGUCGAGCGUGUCCGGAGAGAAUCUGGACCUGCUCAAGGUCUUCUUCAACAUCAUCCCUCCGCUCAGCAACAGCAAGGAGCAGGAGGAGCUCAUGCAGCAGCUCACUGAGUUUCAGGUGGAUGAGAUCUACACAGUGCCAGAAGUGGGGACUGUGGUGGGCGGUACUUUGUACAGUGGUAUUUGCCGCGAGGGAGAUGAUCUGGUGGUCGGGCCCACAGACUCUGGGCAAUUCCACAAAUUGACCGUCGGGAGCAUCCAGAGGAACCGUUCAGCUUGCCGGGUGCUUCGCGCUGGACAGGCUGCCACGCUGGCACUCGGCAAUUUUGACCGCACGUUGCUGCGAAAGGGGAUGGUGAUGGUGAGUCCAGAGAUGGACCCGACCAUCUGCUGGAUAUUUGAGGCUGAGAUUGUGCUGCUCUUCCACUCCAAGACCUUCCACAAAGGCUUCCAGGUGACAGUGCACAUAGGCAAUGUGAGGCAGACUGCCACCGUGGAAGCCGUGUAUGGCAAGGAGGAGCUGAGGACAGGCGAGAAAGCAGAUGUCCAGUUUAAAUUUCUCAAGCAUCCCGAGUACCUGAAGCUGGGGGCCAAGGUGCUCUUCAGAGAGGGUGUCACCAAGGGCAUCGGCCACGUCACCAAGCUGCAUCCCAUUGCGCAAUAUCGCCACGUCCCGGAGAGUGACGAAGAUGAAGAUGACGACUAGAGAGUGAACGCUCCCCCAUCCCAGAAAAACACACAAGUGCCGUUUGGUUUUGUUUUUAUAACGGACAAGCUUCCACCAAAGGCCAGUCUGCACUCUUUGCCGUACUCACCCGGAGAAGGUAAACAAAUCUGCAUUUAUAGAACGCCUUGCCUUUAUACCUUCAAGAGACUCGUAAAGCCGAUAGAAUGUAGCCACACACACACAUUCACACAAUCAGACUUGCACUGCCAUGAAACAAAAGUCAACAACUGUCACACUUGGGGCCAAAUGAUUCAUUUGUCAGAGUAAGGGUUUAUGCCGUUAAAAAAAUAAAAAUAAAAUAAAAGACCAUAAGAAAUUAUAUAGCAACUCCACUGCACCAAAAUACUCUUCUAAAAUACUAAUUCAUUUCAGCAAGGAAGGAGAAAAAUCAUCUUAAUGAGGUAUUGUCAUAUAAUCUUGGUGGAAAGAUUAGCACAAGUCGACAUUUUCCCAAAUUAUUCUCGCAAUAUUUGGCGGUAAAAAUCAUCACAAUCAUUGACAUAGUUUCCCCAAAUUAUCACAAUUUGGGGGAAAAUGUUCUGGCAAUAAAGGGGUGCUAGGAACAAUCCUCACACUUACAGUAGAUAUUUGUCUCUAAGUUGAGUUGCAAAAUUUUGGGGAGGAAAAUCACUUAUUCUACACAGCACUUUGGCCGAUAUCACGUCUUUUGCUAAUGUUUGAAACAUUUCAACAUUUGUGUGGCUAAAGCCCAUUUCAACUUUACUAUAAACCCAUCCAAAGUAACAUUGAUCUUUAAAGUCAGUGGCAGGAGUGAUAUGGCGUCAUUAACAUCACAGUGCAUCCGAAUCACACAAUUUGAGGCUGGGGAAGGGGCUGCUCUCACUUGCACUGACACACGCACACGCACACACACACACACCUUACAGAUGUUGUUGACGCAGCCGGUGUAACUGUGAAGCAUCCAUACAUUCGGUGGCUCGUCUUUUGUCCAACCGGCAUCAUGACCUACUCGAGUGAAAACUGCAAACGGGGAUCAUGUGGACAAACGUAUUUGAGACUCUGCUUAUUACACCGACAGUGAAUCCAGCAUGUGACUUGUUGGAAUUCAAAGCCAAUCUGUUUCCAAGUUAUUUGCAAGCUUUUGAAGUUACUGACAUCUCACACACACACACACACGCAUGCACAGUGCCUAAUGGUAGUGCCUUCCAACACAAGUCAUUCAUGCAGUUCAAACACACACACAUGGGCGCACACACAAUUUCCAGGUGGUGCUACUUGUUUAAAUAAAUAUUUACCACACGUUUGACUGUUAAGUACCGCUCAAAACGAAGACUGCCGUGGGCCUUACAGUACUUACUAUUCACUCUUUUUACUCCUACACCACCUUCACACAGCACACCCCACUUGAUUAUUGUGUUUUUAAAGAGCAUAUUUCAACUUUAUAUCUACAUUUACCAUAUGUUGUGUUUUUGUGCAUCUCAGGUGUAUUUCCAGUCGUUUUUACAUUUUGCAAUCCAACUCUUUUGAAGCUUUAUGGUUUAUCCCCUUUAUGAAUGGAAACGUGUUUAAUCACGUCUGAACCAAUUAUGUACAGAUCUGAUUGCUGUAUUGUGGUGUUCAUCACAAUCGCGUUUAUGCCAUUAAAUGUUGACUUCAUUUUA